AUGGCGGUCCCACGUGCGCGCAUCGUCGACCUCAUGAGGGUCCAAUGCAAGGUCUUCAACACCGUCUUCAACCCGGAGGGCCACCGUCUGGGCACCAAGGUCUUGCGCGAGCGCCUUAAGGGCCCCUCAGUCGCGGCGUACUACCCGCGCCGCAUCGGCACGUUCAACGACCUCGUGAAGCUGUAUCCGGAGUGGGAGGGUUUGGACACGUACGAGUGGGACAGGCAGGAGAAGGUCGCUGCGCUCAAGGCCCGUGGAAAGGGCGCGCCGAAAAAGAAGAGGGGUCCACCAGAACUCAAGGGAAAGAGGAAGAAAUAG